GGCGUGCGACAAGAUGGCGGCGCCCUUGCGCGAGUGCUGAGCAACAAUUCAUGUCGGCGAAGGAAAAAGAAAAAAAGAAAAGCAAAAGUGAGAAAGCGAGUUUGCUGCACUUUCAGCCUCCCGGUACCGGAAGCAGAAGAGGACGCGAAGGCGCGCGGGGACGCGUUUAUCCGCGCCGGAGCGCGUGAAUGGGACUGAAAGCGAUGAAGAUGAUGAUGAUGAUGGUGGUGGUGAUGGUGGGCCUGCGUCCGGUCCAUUACCCCUAACGAAGACUCGGCCUCACGGUUCCCUUCAUCACACAAAGUGCAAUCAAAUAAAAAAAAUAAAAACACCAAACGACUAUUUUUGGAUUUGUCUCGCGGCUCGUGCUUGAGGUUGUGGACGCUGCCGUGUCUUUUGCAAGGAGCCUGAUGAAAAUGGACGUGGAGCUGCUUCACUCGCCCGCCGUGGCGCUCUCUGAGGAAGACGAAGCCGACAUGAGCGACUGGAACCUUCCUCUCGCCUUCAUGAAGAAACGCCACCUGGAGAAGAUCGAGGGCUCGAAAGCUCUCGCACAGAGCUGGAGGAUGAAGGACAGGAUGAAGACGGUGAGUGUUGCACUCGUUCUCUGCCUGAACGUUGGAGUCGACCCUCCCGAUGUGGUGAAGACGUCGCCCUGCGCCCGGCUGGAGUGCUGGAUAGAUCCUCUAUCGAUGAGUCCACAGAAGGCUCUGGAGACGAUCGGGGCGAACCUGCAGAAACAGUACGAGAACUGGCAACCCAGGGCGCGCUACAAGCAGAGUUUAGACCCCACAGUGGACGAGGUGAAGAAGCUGUGUACGUCUCUGAGGAGGAACGCGAAAGAGGAGCGCGUCCUGUUCCACUACAACGGACACGGCGUCCCCCGUCCCACCAUCAACGGAGAGAUCUGGGUGUUUAACAAGAACUACACUCAGUACAUCCCUCUGUCCAUCUAUGACCUGCAGACGUGGAUGGGGAGUCCCUCCAUCUUCGUGUACGAUUGCUCCAACGCCGGCAUCAUUGUCAAGUCCUUCAAACAGUUCGCACUGCAGAGGGAGCAGGAGCUGGAGGUGGCGGCGAUAAACCCGAACCACCCACUGGCACAGAUGCCCCUCCCUCCAUCCAUGAAGAACUGCAUCCAGCUGGCAGCAUGUGAAGCUAAUGAGCUCCUGCCCAUGAACCCUGACCUCCCUGCUGACCUGUUCACCUCCUGCCUGACCACUCCCAUCAAAAUCGCGCUGCGCUGGUUCUGUAUGCAGAAAAGUGCCAAGCUGGUGCCGGGAGUCACACUGGACCUGAUCGAGAAGAUCCCUGGGCGUCUGAAUGACAGGAGGACACCGUUAGGAGAGCUCAACUGGAUCUUCACCGCCAUCACAGACACCAUUGCAUGGAAUGUACUACCUAGAGAUCUUUUUCAGAAACUCUUUCGUCAGGAUCUGUUGGUCGCCAGUCUGUUCCGGAACUUCCUAUUGGCUGAGAGGAUCAUGAGGUCAUAUAACUGCACUCCGGUUAGCAGCCCGAGGUUACCGCCCACCUACAUGCACGCCAUGUGGCAGGCGUGGGACCUGGCCGUGGAUAUCUGCCUCUCUCAGCUUCCCACCAUCAUCGAGGAGGGCACAGCGUUCAGGCACAGUCCAUUUUUCGCCGAGCAGCUCACAGCGUUUCAGGUGUGGCUCACGAUGGGGGUGGAGAACAGAAACCCACCUGAGCAGCUCCCUAUCGUCCUACAGGUCCUCCUCAGUCAGGUGCACAGGUUGCGAGCUUUGGACCUGUUGGGCCGUUUCCUGGACCUCGGACCCUGGGCUGUGAGCCUGGCUCUCUCUGUAGGGAUUUUUCCGUAUGUCUUGAAGUUGUUACAGAGUUCAGCCCGAGAGCUUCGUCCUCUCCUUGUCUUCAUCUGGGCCAAAAUCCUCGCCGUGGACAGUUCCUGUCAGGCUGAUCUGGUGAAGGAUAACGGACAUAAGUACUUCCUGUCAGUUCUGGCUGAUCCUUACAUGCCGGCCGAGCAUCGCACUAUGGCCGUCUUCAUCCUGGCAGUGAUCGUCAACAACUACAACACGGGGCAGGAGGCGUGUCUGCAGGGGAACCUGAUUGCGAUCUGUCUGGAGCAGCUGAGCGACCCUCACCCUCUCCUGCGUCAGUGGGUCGCCAUCUGCCUCGGACGCAUCUGGCACAACUUUGACUCGGCUCGGUGGUGCGGCGUUCGAGACAGCGCUCACGAGAAACUCUACAGCCUCCUGUCAGACCCUAUACCUGAGGUACGAUGUGCAGCUGUGUUUGCGUUGGGGACCUUCGUGGGAAAUUCAGCAGAGAGGACGGAUCAUUCCACCACCAUCGACCACAACGUGGCCAUGAUGUUAGCGCAGCUCAUCAAUGACGGGAGCCCUGUGGUCAGGAAGGAGCUGGUGGUGGCUCUGAGUCACCUGGUGGUUCAGUACGAGAGCAACUUCUGCACUGUGGCUCUGCAGUUUAUGGAGGAGGAGAAGAACUAUGCAGCACCCUCACCUGCUAACACUACAGAGGCGGGGAACGUGACUCCGGUGAAGGAGCGAGACAGUCCUGCGGUCCCUCGUCUCCGCCCCGUUAACUCCUACACCAACAUCCGAGCAGCCAGCAGCGCCCGUAGCCUCCAGAAUCUCAACCUCAACGAGGAAGGUGGCCCCAUGACCUUCUCCCCCGGGAACCUGAGCGCGAGCAGCAGUGCCAGCAGCACCCUCGGCAGCCCCGAUAACGACGAGUACCUCCUGUCUUUCGAGACCAUCGAUAAGAUGAGGCGUGUCAGCUCGUACUCGUCCCUCAACUCUCUCAUCGGUGUGUCCUUUAACAGCGUCUACACACAGAUCUGGCGUGUGUUAUUACACCUGGCGGCCGAUCCCUUCCCGGAGGUGUCUGAUUUGGCCAUGAAGGUGCUGAACAGCAUCGCGUAUAAGGCUACGAUGAAUGCUCGGCCACAGAAGAUCCUGGACUCGGGUUCUCUCACCCAAUCAGCACCUGCCAGUCCAACCAGCAAGGGAACACUCAUACAUCAGGCUGGUGGGUCUCCGCCCAUCCCAGGCGUGUCCAGUUCCAGCCUCACCAACGACGUCCCAAAACCACCACAAGCCCCGCCCACUCGUCCCCCAUACACGCCCACUCUGGGCUCUCAGACGACACCCCAUUCACACCAGUUCUCACGAACACGCAAAAUGUUUGAUAAGGGACCUGACCAGAUGGCAGAGGAUGGUGAUGACACUCCUGCUCACAGGAACUUCACCAGUGUGACGCUGCAGACCGGACUGUGUGACUGGAGCGCCAAAUACUUCGCACAGCCCGUCAUGAAGAUCCCAGAGGAGCACGAUGUGGAGAGUCAGGUGAGGAAGGAGAGAGAGUGGAGGUUCCUGAGGAACGCUGGAGUGCGUCGACAGAGCCAGCGUAUCACACAGAGGGGGAUCACCCGAUUGGACGAUCAGAUCUUCAUUAACAGGAACCCUGGAGUGCCUUCAGUGGUGAAGUUUCACCCGUUUAACCCCUGCAUCGCCGUCGCUGAUAAAGACUCCAUCUGUUUCUGGGACUGGGAGAAAGGUGAGCGGUUGGAUUAUUUCUAUAACGGGAAUCCCCGAUACACUCGCAUCACAGCCAUGGAGUACCUGAACGGACACGACUGCUCCCUCCUCCUCACCGCCACUGAUGACGGAGCGUUACGGAUCUGGAAGAACUUUGCGGACCAGCGGAAUCCUGAGAUGGUGACGGCGUGGCAGGGUCUCUCAGACAUGCUGCCCACCACACGAGGUUUAGCUCGACGGGUUUCAAUCUAUCUCGACAGAAGUAAGCAGGGAGGUGCAGGAAUGGUGGUGGACUGGGAACAAGAGAACGGGCUCCUUAUGACCUCUGGAGAUGUUCGAGUCAUCAGGAUCUGGGACACGGAGAGAGAGAUGAAGGUCCAGGACAUCCCUACAGGAGCAGACAGCUGCGUGACGAGUGUGUCAUGUGACCCGCAGCGCUCCCUAGUGGUAGCUGGCCUUGGAGAUGGAUCAGUGCGUGUGUAUGACCGCAGAAUGGCUCCCAAUGAGUGUCGUGUGAUGACGUAUAGGGAGCACGGUGCGUGGGUGGUGAAGGCUCACCUGCAGAGAGAGACAGAUGGUCACAUCAUCAGUGUUAGUGUAAAUGGAGAUGUGCGUUUCUUUGACCCCCGGAUGCCCGACUCCAUCAACGUGUUGCAGACUGUGAAGGGACUGACAGCACUCGACAUCCACCCACAGGCCAACCUGUUUGCCUGUGGUUCUAUGAAUCAGUUCAUCGCCGUAUAUAACUCCAGUGGUGAUGUCAUCAGUAAUAUUAAAUACUAUGACGGCUUCAUGGGGCAGAGAAUCGGCGCAAUCAGCUGCUUAGCUUUCCACCCAUACUGGCCGCACUUGGCCGUGGGCAGUAAUGACUACUACAUGUCCAUCUACUCAGCGGACAAGAGACUGAGAUAACAGCGUGACCUCUGACCUUUUGACCUUACAUGCCCCAUGUGGGCGGGAUGUAAAUGACUUCUUGUACAUAUGCAACUACCACCAUGAAUGUUUAGUGAAGGCUGCUGAACUCUCACAGUCACUAUUGGAAUAACAACAGUAAUAAUAGAGUUAUUAUUAUUAUUAUUAUUAUUUUGGAGUUCUUGAUUGUAGACUUGGCUGUGCUGAGCAGUGUGUAUAUUUAAACUGCAAUUAUCAAAAACAGAUGCGUAUAUUUUACAGAUUAGUGAAGGAAGCAGGUAGUUGCUUCUCUUUGGAGUCUAAAAAGGGGUGGGGCCUGGGGGGUGGGGGGCAGGAAGUGCCCAGGGUACUCUUUACUAAAUGCAUUAUAUUGAGAUAGGGAGUGUAAUAAGUGGGUGGAGACUUGCUCUUAAUACAUUAUGUGAGAUUUGAAGUUUGAAAUGGGGGUGGAGUCUUAUAAUAAAUGCAUCAUGUGAUCUUGUGAAUUGAAAAGAGUGUAGUGUGUGCGCCUAGAAGUGGGCGGAGUCUUAUAACAAAUGCAUUAUUUGGCAUUGGGAGUUGAAAGAUUGGGUGGAGUCUGGGUCUAAAAGUAGGCGGAGUCUUAUAACAAAUGCCUUAUGUGAGACCAGAGGCCUUAAAAGGGGGUGGGAUUCAGACAUAAUGCAUUGGUUAUGACCAUGAAAGAGGGGCAGAGUCUGAAAGCAGAGACCUGCAGGUGGGUGGAGUUGCAUUAUUUAUACAAUGAGAUUGUCAACAAAAGGGCGGAGUCUGAGGGUCAUUUUUUUGCCAAUGUGUUUUAUGAGAUCAGGAGUCUAAACAAGGGGUGGAGUCUGAGAUUGGUAGCCUGAAGGUGGCUACCAAUGGCGUCGUGCUAUUAAUGCAUUAUCAGAUUAUGUUUCCAAAAAAGGGGCGGAGUCUUGGAGUUUCUGGGAGUCUCCCUGUUAUUGCAUUACAUGAGAUAAGGAGAUAAAAAGGGGUGGAGUCUUGGAGUUUCUAGGAGUCUCCCUGUUAUAGCAUUAGAUGAGAUAAGGAGAUGAAAAGGGGCGGAGUCUUGAUGUCAGGUCUCAACAUGAAUGGAUUAUGUGAGUGGAGCGUGAUGAUGUGUAGCGCAGAAGUGGGUGGUACCUGGCCCUGGAUGAGUUCAUAAAGUUUUGUAGGGGUGAUGUCAAGUGGUGAGCACCACACCUACCUAACACGUGUGUGUGUGUGUGUGUGUGUGUGUGUGUGUGUGUGUACACACACUAUGAGCCAAACACAUUGUUUAUACAUGUGCCAGUGUCACGAUUAUCAUGGUUCAUGAUAUUAUAUUAAAAAAAAAAAAGAACUGAAGGAGCACAAACAUGUCUCUUGUCAUCUAGAGAACCAUUUAUCGUGUUAGAACUUUAAUAUCGAGGUAUAUCGUUCGACUGAUUAUUGCCCCAUGCCUCUGUAAUGUUAUAAGGAGCGUUUGCUCUUUGGGAUCAGUGAUGUAAAGCUACGUAAUUCAUCGUUCUCUCUGAUCCCUCUUUGAUUAGCAUGUUCCCUCACAUAGUUUCCUCAUGGCUUAGCCCUUCGCUAAAAUGCAUCCAUGUGCCAAAAAAAAAAACUUCAUCUGGAUAUUUUUGUUUUUGGUGCAUCGUUUUAUUUCACACUUUGAUCUGCUGAACAGUAUCAGUUUCAUCUUCAAGAAUGAUGUGUACGACACUUCACAUACUUCCUGGAACAUUGUCCUGAUAAUCUGUUAUGAGAUGUAUUAUGUUACACUCUGGGGAAAAUACUCCUUCCUGAUUGGCUGGUGGGUACAGGUAAAUGUUUUUUUGCGCAGGAGCUCCGCCUUUUAACCUCGCAGUACGCUGCUGUGAGUUAUUGAUCAGAAAUGGGUUAAAAAAAGAAAAGCCAGCUGAACCAAUCUGGACAAAGUGACCGCUGCACAAGUGUGAAUGCUCUGAUAUGAAGUGAUCCCCGGAAGCCCCGCCCCUUCCCUCUGUCUCCGAUUAGUCAUCGCUCCUUUUCCUCGUCUCAAUUUUCUGUCACGAUAAACAGUGUUUAGAGUUCGUUAUUGUGAAAUAAAAUCUGUCAGUGUGUGCUUCACUUUUCUAACAUUGAAAAUUUUCAGAUGAAAAAUGGACAAAAAUGACACGAUCAUCCAAAAAACGAGAAAAAAAAUCAUCACAGGCCUACAGCGAAGUACCAAAGCGAACACUUUUACAUUUAAAUGCACUGUUUUCUCUUCUGUGUCUUUUGUAGAAAGUUUCUACUGAAGACAAGUGUUUUGAGAACGCAAAAAAAAAAACCCACACCCAUACGAAAUGUAACGAUAGCGAUAGUUUGAAACCAGUUGUGUGUUAUUUUUAUAUCAUUGAGAAAUAUUUACAAAGCCUCCGACUGUUUAUGCACUUAGUGUUUUGUGGCUUUAUUACACGAUGGAGGGAACCUUGCGAGAUCUGGGUACGACGUUAAAUUAUAAUAUCGUGAACCGUGAUAAAAAGUUGGACGAUUAUCGUGACAUCAUGGGCACAUGCCUCAUCCUACAUAUACGUUAUACUUUGCUCUAAUACACACGAUGGAUUAUUUUUAUACACUGACUUCCUCUAAAGAAACAGGACUCCCUUUUGAAUGUUCUUGGGGGAAAGAUGUAUCUGGGGAACCUGUAGAACCCCAUGACCUGGUGUUUACCUGUAAUACAGGGUUCCGACCUUUUUCUUUUGCUUUAAAUUUGUAUGUAAUGUUUCAUUUUUGCUGUUUACAUUAUACGUGUGUUUUCUGAUUAUUUUUCACCUUGUGUUUCUGUACCAUCUUUAACACGUCCUCGGCUUUAACUCUCACACUUCCCCUCACUUCCUGUCACAUGAGGGACCACUUACGGUACAAUGGAACAAGUGUGGAACAGCUUGCUAGCUAGUUAAUGGCAAUGCAGUUUGCUUUACAAAGUCUAAUAAAUGGAACAAAGUCAUUUCACCAAAUGUAGAAAUGACCAUUAAAGGUGCGGUAUGUCAUGUUUAAAUUUAUUUUUAGACUCAUAACAAUCAAGAAAUUUUCAAGAUUCCUUAAAAAAAACCGUAUUGUGCAAAUUGCCAUACAGUCAACUCGGCUAGUUUUUGUCUCGGACUCGUGUUCCAAUUCUGUUAGCUCCGCCCCCUGGCCAGAACAGAGCAGUUCAGUUUUCUUUCAACACAUCUUAAAAGGUGGUGUUGUUUAUUAGGGGGAAAUGGAAAAGAUGUAAUUGUUUUCAAUCUUGUCUCUUUACCUCACAGGCAGCAGGGGGCGCUAAAUAUCGCACACUGCUCCUUUAAAAUGGCAAAGAGGUUUCAACCAAUGAAAGACUUGAAGAGGGCGUGUUAAAAUAAUACUUGUGCAUUUGUUUCUUGUUUUUUUUUUCUUUGGUAUGUUGCAUGUUUUUCUUGUUUAUGAUGACUUCCUGCCUCGAGCUUGUUGUCGACGUUUCAGCCAAAAAUCUCUCUGCACAUCUCGCUCUCCUCACCUCUCACGUUUGCUGUCAAACACCAAUAAAAAGACAGCAGCCCACAGCCCAUCCAACUGAUUUCAGGAGCUUAAAACGAAGGACUUCGGCGCUUGACCCACCUGCACGCCCGCUGCAGCGCCCUCUAGAGGAGUAAAGGACUCCCCGAUGCACACCAAUACGACUAUCUCACUUUGAGUUUUAAUGUUUUAGAUUUAAAGUAUAAAACAAAAGAGAGAGAAGAUAGUAGAAUGAACUGAUGCAAUCAGGUGUUCUCUCUGUGACUGUAGACUGCUUUUGCUGGCUGUGGUUUUUACGACAGGAGAAGAAAUCGUUCAAAUAAAACCAAAUACAUGAAUGAA